AUUCUAGGUGAGUCCAAAAUUUCAUGAGAAUUCAAGAAGCAUUUUGAUGUUAUUGAUAUCCAGUGUAGGCCUUCAACAAGUUCGAUGGAGGCCAAGGCCAUGCAUCUGUGAAAUUGUGUAUCAUAUUGUAAGCACAAAACAUAUAGAUCCGAAUUGCUAAUUAUCGAAAGUUUUAUGCCUAGUUUAUAAUUUGUAUAAUCAAUUGGGGCAAAAAUAGAAAAGAGAGAAGAAUUCGCGAAACGGCGUCGUUCUCGUCUUCACGGCGCCGUCCGCCAUUUCGACCCAGAAACCUGUGUUCCUGUCCUCCAUUGCUCGACAUCACAGAUCUCUCUCUCUCUCUCGUUCUGAAGAUGCGAGCUUUCUACAUAUUCGUCGUGUCUCUUCUUCUUGCCCCGAUAUCUAGGGGUGAAGCCGGUGGUUCUGUUUUCUUCAUCGAUGGCCAGAAGAAUCAAUAUAUACGUGAGCGAUCAUCUGUUGAUGUCCACGAGCACGAGACACCUCCCAUGUCCUCUACCGUAGUAUCCGCAGCUGUGACAGUCUUGCUCGGUUUUGCACCUCUGGCAACUCUGACAGCUGAUGGCUCCUCCAAGUUGAACAGUAUUCUGAAACCUAAUCCAUUUGAGAUUCCUCGCACUGUAUUCAUGCUAGAAGUUGCUGGAGCUGAUGAUGCGCUCGUCAGGGCAUAUUCUAGUCGGUCUUUGUUGGGCAAUGCUUUUAAGAGCAAUAUUGUUUCUGAUUCCUUCAAGGCUGACAUCGAACUUCCAGAUGAAAGUGAAGUGGCUGUGGUGUCUUUGGAUGAGCCCUUUUCUGGCAUGACUGACAAAGACAUCAGUGACCUUGUAUCUUGGAUAGGUGGAUCAUAUGUUGCUGACUCCACGAGACCAUUGGCUGGGGUUGUGAGUAUCCCACUGAGUAAUGGCGAUUCUGUGGAGUUCCAUCUGGCAAAGAAUGGGGAAAGAAGAUUUGCGAUGAACCUUUUGGUUUUGUCCCAGAAUAUUCGACAGGCAAUUAGCCUCCAUGAGGAUUUGUUAGCUGGUAUUGAGACACCAGCUGAACUUAUGGUUGGCCGUUUAAGCGGCAUUAACGAUUUGAGAGAAGAGUCUGGAGAAGGUAAGGCAAAACAAGGGAUGGAGAUCUUACUCGCUACACUGUCAAGAAUCUUCAACUUGUUGCAAAAAUCCCAUCAAGGUAAAAUUGUUGGGUUGGUCGUGUUUGAUGGGAGAACACAUGAAGAAUCGGAGAAGCUGCUAAAUGUGGUGCAUAGUUACCGUGAAUCCCCACGAUGGUUGGCUGAGGAAAAUGGAGCUUCAAAUUCGACAACCCGUCACGCAGAAAUCCUUAUCGUUAGAAGAACACUCGCUUGGUUGACUGGAAUUAUCCUUCUCGUCGCGACUCUCCUAGGGAUAUAUUUCAUGGUGAACAUGCCUCUGACAAGAGACACCCUUCUGUAUGCAAACGUAAAGCUCGACUAAAAACGACGAACGACCUUUGAAAACCUUGACGGAUCUCUCUCGGGGCCGAGGUUUACGAGUGGACUCUCGGAGUACUGUCGAUGAAUGGUGCUUGUGUUUUUUUUGGUGUAUGAAAUGAAGGUUGUUCCUCAUUUCAGUGGUAACAGAGAAGGAUGAGUUUUGUCAACAAAACUUUGAGCUCUCUCUUGUAUUUGUAUUCUUUCUCCGUAACAUAAAAAAUUCGAUCCGAAAAUCGGAUAUUUUUGGAUCCAUACGAUAUGGAUUAUGUUCUUCAUUUUUGCAUGGAAUUAGAAUGCAAAAGAGACAGCUAUUGUCUUUGUAA